UUGUGCAAAAAAAAAAAGAUAAACAGGAAUACCCCAAUGAAAGAAAGUGGCACAUAUUUUGCGAAUAUUUAAAAAAUAGUGAGUGUUUUUUUUGUUUUAAAAUGUAGACCAUAUGUUCGCAGCAAAAAGAUCAGCCGAAAAGACGUCAUUUCACAGUAAAAUCACAUCCUAUUCUGUUUGGUCCUGAAAAACAUUUGGUGAAAAUUGGCACCAGUUUUGCCGUAAAGACUGCUGUUGAAUUUCAUUGGGUUUUUUUCAGCUGCUCUUAAAUCUGUAGCGUCCUUCCUUCACAUGCUGUGUUUUCUAUGUCCUGUUACUAUCAACCCAAAUUCUGAAUCAACCACGGUUCUCACAUGAUGUGUAACACCGUGGAGCAGCCGUGGACACGUGAUUCCACAGCGCAGUCGUUCCUGAAGCCUCUGCGCGUGCACGCCUUCUUCAAGCGAUAUGAGAAUCACGUGAGCGCGUACCCGUAGACUGUACUCUCACCCUCUCCCCCCGGUUCAUACGCUGUCACAUUCUGUGCUGACUGUUGUUUGCCUGUGUGUAUUUUUGUGUCUCUUCCUUAAGAGCUGUUUGUUUAGAUUAGAAGUUACAAUAAUCAAUGUAUAACCCGGUGUUAAACCAAACCUACCAGCACCAAAAUACUGAAUCCAACAGACUAGUUUUAAUGAUAAGACAUUUGAAAACGUCUCUUUAAAGUCAGUUAAAUGUCAUAAAAAUAUAUUUAUUUAUUAGAUUGUAUUUAAAACAAAUAAAUGGUGUGUGUUAAUUACCAAGUCUAAUCUACAAAUAUUUGACUGAUGUUCAAGCUGCAGUUCAAUAUUUAUUUAGCUCAGAUCUCAGAGGAGGCUGAGACUGUUUACACGCCACCUUUCUAAUGCAGAACAGAACAGAAGUCUUUCUCAUUCAUCUCCACACUCCUCGUAUCCAAAUCUCGCUGCUGCGCCUUAAUCCACCCACAGGGCCCAUUAACUUUGAUCUAAUCUAAUCUAAUAUCGCUUGCUUUCGCCUCUUGCUCUUUCAUUUCCCCUCAGUUUUGCCGUGGCCGUGCAGCGCGCUCCCGUCAACACGUCAGGAGGAGGCAGCUCCAACUGGUGCUGAGGCUGACGAGGAUGAUGAUGAUGAUGAUGAUGAUGGCGGUGAUGGAGGAGCAACGCUGAGUUCGCUCUCCCAAUUUUCUCUUCCCUUUUAUCCCAUUCAUGAUUUUAAAUUACAUUGAAAAUUACUACAUCGCGACAUAAAAGCAAACACCGCCGAUUGACGUUGUAGCUUUCUCCGUCUCCCUCCUGUCUCCCGAGCCGAGACCGAGAUGGGGAACGAAGCGAGCAUGGAGGGCGGCGGGCAGCCCGGUGAGCCUGGAGCCGCCGGGACGAUGGGGUCGACGAUGUCGGCAGGACCUACGACUGGACCGGGGAUGAACCAGCACAUAAAGCCGGCCAACGGAGCUGCCGCCGGAGGAGGGAUGGGAGUCGGAGGCCCGGGGAUGGGGAUGGCAAGGGGUCCAAUGGGCAGCCCCAAGACAGGCAUGCAACAAGGAGGACAUGGAGCAGGAGACAUGGGAGGAAUGGGAGGAAUGGGUGGAGGAGGAAUGAUGGGGAUGGGAGGUGGCGGAAUGACAAGAGGAGGAAUAGGAGCAGGUAUGGGCACAGGUGGAGGUAUAGGGUCCAGAGCUGGCGAGCCCUACCGCCUGGCCACCCACGACACUCCAACCUCCCCCAGACAUAUGCAGUCCAGUCAGGGCCCUGGCCACGGGAUGGGUCACAGUCCGGCUGGAUCUGGAAUGGGAGGUCACGGAGGUCAGAGCCCGGGUCAGCACGCGUCCCGUCGAAACCUCCAAGUUGACUUCAGUGGCUCCAGGACGGGACGGUCUCCAUCAGUCUCUCCUGACCGAAGCGUGACACCCACCUCACCCUACUCGGUGCCCCAGAUUGCUCCCAUGCCCAGCAGCAAGCUGUGUCCGGUGUGCACCACCACAGAGCUGUCCAACCCACCGGCUGUACCCAAUUACAACACCUGCACCCAGUGUAAGGCCACCGUCUGUAACCAGUGUGGCUUCAACCCCAACCCACACCUCACUGAGGUCCAGGAGUGGUUGUGUCUGAACUGUCAAAUGCAGAGAGCUCUUGGCAUUGAUAUGACCACACCUCGCUCUAAGAGCCAACAGCAGAUUCACUCUCCGUCCCACCAGGCCAAACCCAUCGUCCAGCCGCAGCGGACCGUGCCUCAGCCAACACCGCCGGCAGCAGCGGCAGCGGCACCACAGCCAACACCUCUAGCAAAGAGUCAGUCCACGCAGCGUCAGCAGCAACAGCAGCCUCAGUCUCAGCCCUACUCCCAGACGCAGCAGUAUCCUCAGUCUCAGACCUACCACACUCCUCAGCCUGGGACCCAGACUCAGCCUCAAGCGUCCCCGGGGUUACAGAGACAUCCAGGCCCUAGUGGCCCGCAGACCCAAACACAGACAGGGCCAACUCAGCAUGGCGUAAGGUCUGAUCCAUACUCUCAGAGAGGUCCUAGUGUCACAGGAUCCAUCGGCGCUCCAACUGGAGGUCUCAAUCAGCCUGGAGGUCCACGAAUUCCCCAUCCUGGCGCUGUGCCUCUGCCUGGUUUAACAAAGACGCCCUCGCAGCCUGAUUUAGGGCGUGGGUCUCCAAUGCACCACUCGAUGGCCCGGCAACACGACCAGACAAGAAGCGCUGGAUCUUCACCUGCACACAGACCUCAGAGUCAGGCACCACCUCCAGCCCAAGAUGGCCUGACCAAACUCUUUGGCUUUGGAGCAUCCCUGCUCAAUCAGGCUAGUACGCUUAUCAGUGUUGAUCCUCUGCCUGCAGCCUCCACCCAACCAAGCCCCUCACGAGGGAAAGUGGUCUUCAGCAACGCAACCCCUGACAACAGACAACAGCAAAAACAAGGACCUGCUGGAAGUAAACCAUAUGACAUGGGGGGCCCUCAUGCUCCCACUCAAGUGGGGGGCCCUCAUGCCCAAAGUCAGAUGGGGGGCCCUCAUGCCCCAAGUCAGAUGGGGGGCCCUCACACCCCUAGUCAGAUGGGGGGCCCUCAUGCUCCCACUCAAAUGGGGGGCCCUCAUGCCCCAAGUCAGAUGGGGGGCCCUCAUGCCCCAAGUCAGAUGGGGGGCCCUCAUGCCCCAGGUCAGAUGGGUGGCCACCAUGCACCUACCCACAUGAACGGCUCUCAUGCACCAGGGCAAAUCGGUAGUAACCAAAUGGGUGGACCACACGUCCAGACCCAGAAGCAACAACAACAGAUGACGCCCCAUCAACAAGGUGUGCAGCAACAGCAGUCACCGGCUCUCCAUCAAAAAGGACAGCAAGGACAACAACAACAACAACUGCAAACGCAGGGGCAGAAAACACCUGCCCAGGGGCAGAAAGCACUGCAGAAGCAGGAGUCCGUGUCGGCUCUUGUGUCCACUCCGGCGAAGCCCAAAGUGAACUGCCCUCUUUGCAAAACGGAGCUUAACAUCGGCAGCACAGACCAACCCAACUACAACACCUGUACACAGUGUCAAAGCCAAGUGUGUAACCUGUGUGGCUUCAACCCAACACCCCAUCUGGUGGAGAAAAAGGAGUGGUUAUGUCUUAACUGCCAGACCCAGCGGCUAAUGUCAGGAGGACCUCUUGAUGAGCCUCCCCUUCCUGUUCCACAUCCUUCUCCAAAGCACCAACCAAUGGGCUCACCUCGUCAUCCGGUGCCCACUAGCCAGCAAAGCCCACUUCACAAACCAGCUACUCAGCAGGGGCCUAAACCAAGUCAGGCCCAAAAACUACAACCAGUUACCAGCAGUAGUGGACCGUUUCAGCCAACUGCUGUCAAAGACACCAAGACAGUGACACCAGCUACAGCAUCAGUAACAACCACCGACACUCAAAAACAACCAAAACCUACGGAGACAAAACCGAAGAUAGAGCCUGAGGACCAAGGUCCAAAAGACAGUAAACCAUCCCAGAAAAAAGGAGAGCCAAUUACACCAAUAAAGGAAAUUAAGAAGUCCAGACAUUAUGAUGAUACUAAAAGCAGCAGUACCCAUGAUUUGUCCCGCAGUCCUCAGAGCCUUAGUGACACUGGCUACUCCUCAGAUGGCAUAUCCAGCUCCCAUAGUGAAAUUACAGGACUGAUUCAAGAAGAAGAGAUGAAAUUAAGUGAGAGAGGUAUAAUUGGAAGGGGCUCCCCUCCGAGUCCAUCUGAAAUCACCAAGCUAGAAAGUUCUAUGAGGCCCUUGCUGGAGAAGAGCCUCUCAGAAGAGAAGCCUGACAGAAGAGCCAGAAAACACAGAGACAGGGAUCUAGACGACAGGGGAAAGCAGCGUCCACGCUCCCUGUCCAUCCCACCAGAUGCAUAUGACUCUGAUGAGGAACUAGAAGACAUAAUGGAAGAGGAAGAAGAUGGAGGAGACUGGGAGGGUAAAAGAAAAGAAGGCAAGGAAGAGAAAAAGGAAAAGAAAAAGAAGGAAAAAGAGGUGGAGCCCACAGAGAUGACUGAUGAAGAAUUCAUGAGGCGACAAAUAAUGGAAAUGAGUGCUGAUGAAGAGAAUGAGGAAGAGGAGGAAGAAGAGGAGAUGGAGGAAGAAGAGGAUGAGGAAGACGAAGGAUAUGGCUAUCCCAAACCCAAGAAAAGCCACCAUAAACAUGUGAUCUCAGACUUAGGAAAAGAAAAAAGGCGCCUUCAUCAUCACUCCAGCAGUUUUGAGGAGGAAACAAAGAGCACUACUGAUGUUUAUAAAGGCUCAGUGGAAGAGGGUGAGGAAGAUGUGAUGGCAUCACAAGGAGGUCUAAGGCGGUUCAAAACUAUUGAACUUAAUAAUACAAAUAGCUACAGCAGAGAUAUGGAGUUAAGCGGUGAAAAUGAUCUGAGCCUAGAUAGGGAACCAGAGUUAGAGAUGGAGAGCCUGACAGGAUCACCUGAGGAGCGUUCUCAGGGCUACUCCUCCACUCUACCACCUACUUCAUCCUCAUAUGGUUCUGGUCAGUCUCCUACUUCAAUCUCAUCAAUGGAGGAGGACAGUGAUAGUAGCCCUAGCAGAAGACAACGCUUGGAAGAGGCUAAGCAACAAAGAAAAGCUCGGCAUCGUUCGCACGGUCCUCUCCUUCCUACAAUUGAAGACUCCUCGGAGGAAGAUGAACUAAGAGAGGAGGAAGAACUCUUGAGAGAACAGGAAAAGAUGAGGGAGGUAGAACAACAAAGAAUAAGGAGUACAGCAAGAAAGACGAAAAGAGAUAAAGAGGAGCUGAGAGCUCAAAGGCGCAGAGAAAGGUCCAAGACCCCACCGAGCAAUCUAUCACCUAUUGAAGAUGCUUCCCCAACAGAGGAGUUGAGACAAGCUGCAGAAAUGGAAGAACUUCAUCGGUCUUCUGCAUCUGAAUAUUCUCCUCAGAGUCUUGAUUCAGAGGCCGAGGGAUAUGAAUCCAAACUUUACAAGUCAGGCAGUGAGUAUAACCUGCCUACCUUUAUGUCUCUGUAUUCACCAAUAGAGAAAUCAUCAACAACAACAACUACCAUUGCACCAUCAUCAACUUCCAAACCACUAAAGAGUGCUGAGGAAGUAUAUGAAGAAAUGAUGAGAAAGGCUGAGUUGCUUCAAAAACAGCAAAAACAACAGCAGCAAACUCAGCAACAACAUGGAAGACAUGGGCAUUACUACGAGGAGGAUAUUAAUGGGGAAGGUUAUGAUGAUGAGUAUGAAUAUGAAGAAGAUCAAACAGAAUAUGACAACGAGGCAGCGGAAACAGAGACAGACAUUUAUGAGGAGAUUCGCCAAACAUCCCAAAACAUUACCAAAAUGCAGCAGGCCACCAAUGAGCAAGUUGAUAUUGAGAUUGAGAGCUCACUUCCAGACAAACAGCUUUUAGAUACAGGCUCAGCUUUUGCUAAGCUCCUUGAACAGAGCAAUGCUCUUCUGACUCCGGGCACCAGUCCCACCCAGAUCUCUGCUCCAGUUUCCUUUGCUGAAACUGGGGGACGGAUCCCUGAUGUACAUGUAACACAACAUUUCUCUGCAAAGGAUGGACACAAAGAUAGGAUCAAAAGCCAAGCAGGAAAAAAUGGAAUAACACCUGCUGUAGCUGCGACCACAAUCGCAGCUUAUGGAGUUUACUCCAGAGAUGCAGUUACUCUUUCACAAACUAGUUCAAGCCACACUGUUACCUCUUCUCAGUCCGCAAUAUAUGGUCGACACACAGGAAGCCCCGCUACUUCCUCAGCUACCGUUUCAAGCGUAUGUAGCAAGAUUGCAGAAAUCACCCAGGCAUACAGUCAAAGAGAAGUUAUCACCAGGAGGGUUGGAGAGACCAGGGGUGUCCAAGUACGAGACAGCUCAUCAUCAUCUGCUGAAAGAAUUAUUGAACCGCGUUCACCCAAAUAUACAACGUAUUACAGGAGCACUAGCCCUCCUCUUUCUCCAUCACCGCCACCUCCACAAAGUCCUACCCGAUCACCUUCUAGAAGAGCAACAGCCGAAUUUUCAACACAGACAUUUAGUUCAGCUUUGCGUACAGAGGCAGGUGGCUCUGGGCCAACUUCUCCUGUGAUGGCGCAAGGAACCCAAACAUCACACCGAUCUGUUUCCCCCCGGUUGUAUAGACAGCAGUCUUCACAGGAUGCCCCAUAUUCUCCUCCUUCAAGUCCAGCUAGACCAAUGACAGUCAACACUGCUACAUCCCCACUGUCUUCACCAACUCGAUUUAGCCGUCAAUCGACUUUUGACACUUACUCCCCAUGUAACAGUCCACCUGAUACACCACCUUAUCAGCAUUCUCCAACUCGCAGCUUUUACCGAACUCAAAGAGUGGAAAAGGUAAAUGUGGGCACUAGUAUGGCAACCACGACCACCACUUAUACCAGAGGGUCAGUGUCGAUGGAUAACAUCUCCCUCUGUAGAAUAUCUACAAUUCCAGGUACUUCAAGGGUAGAGCAAGGUCAUAUGAUCCACGGUGGAAGUGUUGUGGACCUCAGAGCAGCCAACAAGUCAGCCCCUAUUAUUAUGACUGACCAAGGAGUAGAUCUUACUUCUUUGGCCACUGAAAGCAGGAAAUACCAUAGUGGAUCAGAUGUUGGCAGACAUGCUACAAUAAUACAACCACUGAUUAUGAACUUAAACACUCAGGAGACCGCAACACCCACCACUGUUAGUGUCACUGUAGCUGCCUCAAUGUUUAUGACCCAACCAAGGCAGCCUGCAAUCUACAGCGAUCCAUAUCAAAACCGGAUUGAUCUUGGCCAAAGCAUGGGUACAGCUGUGUGUCUUUCACAGAACAAACAAGCUAUUCCUACACAAAUGGACCCAUCAAUCCCAAAAAUUGAUGCCAAACUGGAAGACCUCAGUGUCCAGCAGAGAGAGUUGCAAAAACAACAAGAGAAGUUGCAAAAGCAACAAGAACUACUUGAACAUCAGUUGCAGCAGCACCAUCAGAUGCAACACCAGCAGCAACAAGCUUCUGCUCUGGCCAGGUACAACAUCACGGGUCAAGUUUCACCUUUACUGAAAAAGGACUUGGUUGUGAGCCAGACAAGCUCUUCUUCAGCUGUGGUCAGUGCUGUAUCACCAUCCAUAAAUCCUGAAGCAUAUGGCACUGGACCCAUUGAGAUAAAAGGGAAGCCCAGUCCUCCCGGUUUAAUGGCAGGUGGUAAAUCACCACACAGUAUGUUUGUACAGAUGGACGGAGGACCAGACCAAGCUAGGGCAGUAACUCAGAUUGUGAAGAUAGAAGAAGGACAGGAUGUCUUAGAUCCAACAGUGGGCCAAAUAAAAUCUGAUAAUCAAGCAGCUUGCUGUGAUGUAUACCGACUUCCGUUUGGUGCAAGCUGUGUUGGUGCCUCUGAGAAAGAAGGCAUAAGGCCACCUUCUGCACCCCCUCUGUCCUAUGAGUCUGACCAAGAAAUGCAACCUGGAAGGUAUCAUGAGUAUCCGAUGGAUGAGCACAAGGCUUACACGUUACCUUUUCCUGGAAAACUUCAGCCAUCAAUGUCUGAUACAAACCUAGCUGAAGCAGGGCUUCAAUCAUACCACUCUAAAAUGGAUCCACACUUUCAGGUCUCUGGGGAUCUUGGUAUGGAUUUCACUGCGAUAAAACAGGGUUAUGGAGGGUAUAUAGGAAUGCAGUACGGCUCAUAUACAGACCUACGCCAUGGAGGAGAUAUUGCAGCCCAAACACUGCCUAUAAGGAGAUAUAAUUCUUUGUCUAACAUCAAUUCAGACUAUGGUUACUCGCCCCGUGACAUUGCUAACUUUCAAGAAGCUAACUUGGCUCAGUAUAGUGCUACAACAGCAAGGGAGAUCAGCCGUAUGUGUGCAGCACUCAACUCUAUGGAUCGAUAUGGUAGUAACCCUGACUUGAUGCAUUUUGGCAGUUUGGGCAGAGGAACCGGGCCUGGAUCCUCUAGGCUUGCAGCAGGCCUUGGCAUACGACAAAACCUCCUUAUUGGGCUUGAUGGAAAGCCAAUUUCUCACAGUCAAGCACUAACCAACCUAAUUAAUGCUAAACAGGCCAGUCUUAGAGCAAUGUACCCUGCUGCUAUCAGAUCUUCUGAUGGAAUGAUCUACUCUACCAUUCAGACUCCCAUUGCUUCUACACUCCCCAUAACAACCCAGCCAGGUCCUGUUCUUCACCCAUUACUAAGAGGGGUCUACAGGCCAUACCCGUCUGCCAGUAUGACACCUGUGCCCCUAUCCAGCCUUAGCAGGUUACCUAUGAGCCCCAGAAUGCCUUUAUCUGGACAACAUCCAGUUCGCUACCCCACACCAGGUCUUCACCAAACAACAUCAGCAACUGCCACUACUGAUAUUAUUGCAACUACUUCAGUACCAACAAGUGCCCCAGCGUCUGUUCCAAUGACAACAGCUAGUUCCACAUUCCAGGAUGAACCAGUUUACCUUGGAAAAGGUGCCACUGUAACCUCAUCAACUGACAUCACCUCUACAGAAUUAAUGUUACCAACAGAGCCACAACAACAGCCAAUUAACCUGUCUCAGGCACACAUAAACAAUCAAAAACAACAACAGCCUCCCACAGCAGGCCAAGCCUAUCCAUUCUCAGGUACAUCACAGAGUCAUGGCUACAUUCAACCCCCUGUCGGUCCAACUGCACCCAUAAGUGGCCUGCCUAUUACUGGAGGUCUUCCUCCCUUCCCUCCACCAGGUGCCAUACACAAGGAGGGUGAAACUGAGGCAGAGAGGUUACAUCGUCAGCAAGAACAGCUCUUACAAAUGGAGAGGGAACGUGUGGAGCUAGAAAAAAUUCGACAAAUGCGUCUGCAUGAGGAGCUGGAGCGGGAAAGGAUGGAGUUGAAGUUACAUAGGGAGAAGGAGCAGAUACUGGUGCAUCGGGAACUGCAGGAGCUGCAGAGUAUCAAAGAACAGGUUCUACAGCAACAGCAGCAGGAGCGAGAGAAACAACUUGUCAUCCAGCGGGAGCAGCUGGCCCAGCAAAAGUCACAGUUAGACCAGAUCCAGUCUCUACAGCACCAACUCCAGCAACAGCUGGAAGAACAAAAGAGGCAGAAAACAGCUGCAGCACAGAGCAUGCAGCUGGAUGGUGGACAGCCACUGCAUCCCUACUUCGACUCCCAGAUUGGCUCCCGUCCCCUUCCAAACUCCACAUCAGAGCUAUGUCUCAGGACCCAUGAAGACAACAUUGACACCAAGAGUAACAUGAGAAAGCAUAGCUCCAUGACCAGGCUGAACAGGGACAGCUUGGAUGGUGAUGGAAUGGUCAUGUAUGGCUCCCCCCGAAGGAUAGUCGACAGCUGUGUGCAGACAGAUGACGAAGAUGGGGAGGAGAGGUACAUGAUGCGCCACCGUCCAAGAAGACGUGGUCGCAGUGUGGACUGCUCUGUCCAGACAGAUGAUGAUGAAGACAAAGCUGAGACAGAACACCCAGUUCGCCGAAGACGUUCCCGUUUCUCCCGGCACACCGAGUGCAGUGGCCCUGCCAGUAGCACCACUACUGCUACCAGCAUAGCCUCUGACACAAAAACAGACACAUCCAAGACAGUAUCUUCCAGUAUUGCUGUCCAGACCAUAAGAGAAAUGUCUUGCCAGACAGAAAUUGAGCACCUAGGAAGAGUCUCCCCUGCAAUCCAUGUGACCGUACCAGACCCAAACAAAGUGGAAAUUGUACACUACAUCUCUGGACCUGAGCGAACACAGAAAGGGCAAUCUUUAGCAUGCCAAACUGACCCAGAAGCCCUGUCUCAGGGUGUUGUAGCCCCACAACUCAGUGUACCGACAACAGUCAGCCCAUAUUCAUCCUCUACGAGUACUGGAACACAACAAUCCAGUUCUGCUGACAUUAUGACCCAGCAGCGCCAGCAGCAGCACAUCGCAGCAAAUGCAGCCAAGUUCGAGCGACGUCGCCCUGACCCUCUUGACAUUAAUUACCAGCCUCACAAUCACCUUCACAAUGAGUCCAUCUCCAGCAUCAUACGACAGCAGCAGACAACUUCCAAAUCUGCACAAGUCCUCUACUCUCCGGUCUCUCCUGUGUCACCUCACCGCCUACUGGAAACCUCCCUGUCCAGUGAGAGGCUGAACAAGGCCCAUGUUACACCACAGCAGAAGUCCUACACAGCUGAGUCCCCACAGCGACAUCCAUCUAUGCCUCGACCCAUCAAGAGCACACAGCGAUCCAUGUCGGACCCUAAGCCCCUCAGUCCCACUGCAGAUGAACACACCAAGGCCAGGCUGUCCCUGUACCAGCAACAAGCACUCCAGAACCAGCUGGCAGCCCUACAGCAGAGCUCGCUGCUCCGUAAGGUGAAGCGAACCCUGCCCAGCCCUCCGCCAGAGGAAACAACUGCAUCGGGUCAUAUGCCUAUGAUGACGCAUUCCCUUCAACAGGUCUACCUGCCCUCCGUGCCCAGCCUCAAGCCCAGCUCUCGGUCUGGACUGGCAGCUAAAGCCAGCCUCCUUAAAGACCUAACCCACGAACUGAAGGCUGUGGAGCAAGAGUCCACUAAGCUAAGAAAGCAACAAGCUGAAUUAGAGGAAGAGGAGAAGGAGAUUGAUGCUAAAUUAAGAUACCUAGAGCUGGGGAUCCACCAAAGAAAAGAGACAUUGGUCAAGGAGAGGGAGAGGAGAGAUAUUGCCUACUUGAGGUGUAUGGGGGACACAAGGGACUAUAUGUCUGAUAGUGAGUUAAAUAAUCUACGAUUAGCAGCCGCUGCUGCAUCACAUGAUUCUAACGGGUUGCUGACAACAAGACCAAGCACUGCCCCUCUUAGCCAGUUUACUGGUGAACUCAACACAGCAGCCCAGUAUCCACCAAACUUCCUGUCUUGUCAGUAUCCUCAGAGCCAACCUGCACCACCAGCUCAAUCAAGUGUGCCAUACCAGUCGUCAACAUUCAGUCAGCCUCCCUAUCCAACAGUGUCUCAGUCCCAGGCAUUGCCUCAGCCUACUCCUCUUCAGAGCCAUAUGCCUCCUCAGGGACCAUCCUACCAACCUCAGACCUCUUAUCCUUCCCAUACUUAUCCUCAAACACAGCCACCAUACCCCCAGACAGAAAUAGGGCUACCUGCUGCUCCUCAGCCUCAGCCAGGGCAGACAGGAUUUGGGCCUGCACCCCCGGGUCAGCCUCCAUACCCCACCCACAGCUCACCAUAUCCCAGUGCUGUGUCCUACCCCAGCCAGACCACCCCGUACCCUGGACAUUCCCAGGCAGACAUCCUGACAGUUCAUCCUGGAAGACCCAGGCAGACUUCAUUAGCUGAUCUUGAACACAAGAUGCCCACCAACUAUGAAACUAUCAGCAACCCCACAGUUGUGGUCACAACGACAGCACAGGAUGCUAAUUAUUCUAGUGCAGCCCCCUCUUAUGGACAAUACACUGGAACAACAACCAUGGCAAGUUCCUAUGGGCCAUAUGGGUCAGCCCCUGUCUCCAGCAGCUAUGGUGCAUAUGGUACGAUGCCAUCCAGCACCUACGGACAAUAUACUUCCCCAUCGCUAAGUUCAUAUGGCCAGUAUACCACCACCACUGCCAAUACUUAUGGCUAUACUACCACUACAGCCAGUUCUUAUGGACAAUACACAUCUACUGUCUCUAAUGCUUACGGGCAUUCUGUAGACAGUCCUUCAACCUACAGCACAGCAGAGGGGAUGUAUGGUGCACCUGGCUUAGAACAAAGUAUUCCAAGGAACUAUAUGAUGAUAGAAGAUGUAAGCGAGCUGACGGCAAAAGAUGGGCUGGGCACGACAACAGUUGACAUGAUGCAUCAUGGCAGCAGUGGGCGAUACCCGGGCGACAUUCACAGCCACAGCAGCACGGCGCGGGGUGGAACUAGCAGCUCUACGUAUGGCAGGCCACCUGAGGAAGAAGCAGCGAUGCAGGAAGAGCUGUACGACCAUCAUGGCAGGGGUAAGAGCAGCUACAGGCACGGACAUCUAGGGGGCAGCAGCAGCAGCGUGAGCUCUAGCAUGGGUGGGGGAUCCUCCUAUUUCUAUGACUACGACUAUAAACAUGGCAGCAUCAGAAAACCUUCGCCAUCCUCCAGAAGCCUUUUGGCUCCUGCUGUCAUGACCAAGCGCAGCAAGCACAGAAAACUGGGCAGUAUGGAGCAAAAAAUCUCCAAGUUUUCUCCCAUUGAGGAGGCUCGUGAUGUGGAGGCAGACCUGGCCUCCUAUUCCUCAGCCGCAGGUGGAGCAUACUCUUCUUCUCAAAUUCGAGGGCGCCAGCUGAUCGAGGACUACGGGUUUAAAAGGAAUACUUAUGAGGGCGGCAUUGGAGCCACACAUGGCAGUCGGUACUAUGGUUCAAUGGUGGAGGACGAUGAUCGCAUUUACUAUACCUCCACUGGUCGUUCACGUUCCACGGGCUAUGGCAUGGACAAGAUCUCAGCCAGAGAUUACGCCGGUUAUCGCAGUCGAUCAUAUGAGAGGGAUGAUCGCCCCUACCGCUCUGGCUUCACGCAAGGACGCCAUCCAGUUCGACAAUACUCUGAAGAAGAGAGUCCAGUCAGUCCGUUGAGCCGGUUCAUGGGGUCUGGUCGAUCAUCAAGCUUAGGUCCCCACCCGUACGAUAGUCGCAGCAAUAAAUAUCAUUACUAUUAUGGCCAAUAUGGUUCCAGUCACUCGCUGCCAGAUGUUCAAGACCACAUACGGGACCUUCCCAGGACACACGUCUACAAAUCGGAUGAUACAUACAUUAUAGACGAUUAUUAUUGUGCUGUGUCAGACAGUGAAGCCUACCAUCUGGGACAGGAAGAAACCGACUGGUUCGAAAAGCCACGAUCCAGUUCUCGGCACUACGGCAGCGGUCACUCAUCUGGAAGAAGUCGGCACAACGUAAAACACACUUACCAUGAUUAUGAUGAGCCCCCUGAAGAAGACUUGUGGCCUCAGGAUGACUAUGGCCAUGCAGGACGGCACUCUUCAUCCCGUGAUCACCGUCACCAUGGCAGCACUAGCCGUCACUCCUCUUCAUCACGCCAUUCUGAUGAGCCAAGGUCCUCAAGGUCAUCUAAGGGACACCCAAAAGACCCAUCAGUUAGACAUGACCCUUCAGGAAGAUCUUCUUCCACAGGUAGACGUGGAGAAUCAAGGUCAGGGAGCUACCAUUCUUCCGACUACUUGCGGGAUCCAUCUGGGCACCAUCAUGGACAGAGGUCCUCCAGGCAGGGAGACCCACACAGAUCCUCACGCAGCAAAUCUCAACAACCCGCAGACAUGCAGGUUCAACCACCAGGUUCCUCCAGGUCUGGCAGCAGCUCUUCACGUGUACAAGGCCCCUCUGGUGGGCUCGGUGGUCCAGGGCGACAGGGUGGCCCUGGCUCUCAAACAGAUGGGGGACCAGGACAGAGGGCUCAGCUCCAACAACAAGCUCAGACAUCAGCUGCCAGGCCAGGUCAACCUGGCGCUACACCAGCCACUGGCCCUCAGCAGCAGACCCCGACUCAGAGUCAGGGCAUGGGCAUAGGACAGGGCCAGACCAAACCGGGGCAGAUGGGACCAGCAGGUGGACCCAUGGGACAGACCAGGCAGACAAGUCUGGCAGGAACUACACCAGUGACCAUGGCAAAGAUAGACACACCUCCUGCUACAGCUAUUGGAGCAAAGGCACCACCUGUCAUGGCCUCCAAAGUUGCUCAGCCUCCACUCACAGGAAUAGGAUCCAAGGCAGUUCCUAGGCCUGGAGGUAUUGGCAGUGCUGCAGCAGGUCAGCCUGGCAUGGAGGGAGACAACGUAUUCUCCAAGAUCCUGCCUGGAGGGGCCGCUGAGCAGGCCGGGAAACUGGGAGAAGCAAUCUCCGGUUUUGGCAAGAAGUUCACCUCUUUCUUCUAAGGUGCCAGGACUAAGGAUGACGUAAAUGUGAACAGAUGAAGUCUUGAGGCCUUGUACCAGAAAAACUUGUAAAGUUGUCCCUAUUUUGUUUCACUGAAAAAGAAAGAAAGGAGACGGUGGAGUCUGGGAAACAGAGAGCAGAGCUGAGCAUAAUGAUCCAUAUUGUGGCUGUUGGGCACAUCCAUACACCUCCCACAUCAAAGAGCCAUUGGUGUUCAAAAGUGUGCCCAAAAUCUAAAGAAGCCUCUUUUUAUUUUCACCACUUUUUCUCCAAAAAGUUGAGAGAUGAUCUCCCCUUGCUUCACCGUAGACCUGUGGUUACGGUGGUGAGGAUAAGAAGAACCACUGGAGGCUUCGACCAACUUCCAUGAGGAUUUGCUCUGCGGAUCCAAUGAAGGAAACCACAGGAAACUCCAGCAUUUUCACAAAAGCCACAUCAUGAUGCUACAGUUUAUGCUCAAGGAAGUCGUAACAACACUCAGACCACCACUCUCUUUUUUUCUAUAUUGUUCAAGAAAAAGGAAACUCAAAAGGAGGUAAUAACCAUUUUUUUCUGGUACUGGAGACCUCUUGUUUCAUCUCCCGAGAAGAAGAAUACUGAGCAAUGAUGUCAUUGUCAAUGAAUAUAAUAAUAAUGCAGCCAACAGACGAGAGCACGUUGGCAGCAUUUCUUUUCCACGGUUGCUCUGUUUCUAUUUACAUUCCAGUUGGGAAAUGAACCUGAUGCUCCUCCCCCUCCUCCUCCUCUUCACCUCCCUGUGUUUCCUGAAUGCUGAUUCUUCUUUCUAAUCCCACCUGAUAAUCCUCAAAAUGCCAUGUCUUUAAGAAAAAGUGUACAGUGGAUUUAAAAAAAAGGAAGAAUUUGGAAUGCAUGAAACUUUAUAUCCAAGACCUUACACUGUUCAUCAUCCCAUAACCGAUGCCAUAAAGACAUUGGGAAACCAAUCCAAGCCAGGAGUCCUAAAAAAGAGAGAUCAAAGAAGACAGAGGGACGUGGCCUCAGCAAACGAGGGCGAGCCGAUGUUUUGGCACCUUUUCUCUGCAAAAUUAUAAAUUUAUUGUUUAUCUGAGUAAAGUCGUAUGUUGUUUGGUUGGUUUUUUCAGCCACUAUAAAGCCAUUGAAACAACAUUUACCUGCUUUUCUCAUUGUGGGAGCUUUUUUUUAAAAUAUUUUGCAAGAUUAGGCCCUGAUAUAUACACCUCAGCACUUGCUUUGGUCAUUUAUUAUCAUUGUUAUUCCUAUUUUUUUUUAUUUUGUUGCAGGUUACCAGCAUCGCCUUAAUGAUUAUAUGUUUUAUUUUUUAAGUAACACUGGGAUAUUUUUAUGUGAAAUACAUACUUGUUUUGUUUUUGUCAUAAUAUCAGCUGAAGCAGUGGCCACAGGGAGAUUACUUUAUAUACACAUAUACAUACUGUCAUUAUUUUUAUUUUGAUAAAAAAUUUGAUAUUAUUUAUCAAUGAUUAAUUUAUUUAUGUUUUGUAAUUUUUUAAGAUUCCAAUUCUUAUGAAGUCCCAUUUUAACUUUCUGGCUCUUAUUUAUGAUCAAAAAAAUUAAUAAAAGCAAUAGAUUAAGAGAUAAGAGAAGUAAAGAGCACAAUCACGUGUCAUUUCAGAAGUUGGUGGAAACAAAAAUAAGUUGCCUGUUUGUCUAACUUACCACUGAUGUACUAUGAAUCCUACAGAAAUGUUGUACUACUGCUAAAAUAAUACAUAAGGAAGCAGGAGCUCACCUUCGAAACUUUUCCUCUGACCAACAGUGAUACACUGAUGUUAUCAAACAGUCGGUCCAUCAGAGUGAUGAGCUGCUGGAGCCUAACGUGAACGCACUGCAGGGCAGCAGAGAGUAGACACUGAAGUAGGCACUGAAAAGUAAACCAGUAAACACAUCACAGCAGAACUGGACACGUGAUCAUCACUGGAUGAGGGUUUGGGUAUAAUGCGAUUCCUCUCACCCUCCAAGAUGGACUGGAGUCUGCAGCAAAAAAAGAGGGGAAAAAAACCCCCACAAAGCUCUUUGCUCCAUCAGAGUGUUUCAGCAUGUCUGUGAAAAUAUGGGAAGCACACUCGCUGUGGUGUCAAAAAAGCAAAAACAACAAAUAUACAUAUAUAGUCAGCACUGGUGUGACUGAGGAACCAAAAACAACACACAUCUGAUUGUGUCACAAAGUCACUUGCCUUUUUUUUAACGUUUCGUUUUCUAUCAUGGUGGCGUCCUGGCCUGUAACCAAUCUCCCAGACUGUCAGUUGUCUUGGAAUCUUCUCAGGUCAGUGUUCCUCCCUGCUGUUGUUCCUGCAGUGCAUUGUGGGAAUCUACUGUUCAGUCCUCAAAAACACUCUGUCGGGACAAACAUUGCAAGGCCUUCAGCAACAAACCAACAAACCAACCAACUUCUGCUGUAUAUUGUCUGUGUGAACGCUCGCUGGGAAACGCAUGUCACCCAGCGCAGAAAACCUCAAGGUCAUCUCUAUAUUGUUCUGUUCCUAAUGUUUGUAUGUAUGUAUGUAUGUAUGUAUGUAUGUAGGGGUCAGUAUGCGUGUAUUUAAAUGACCAUCACCCAACGCGGAAAAGAAAGAAAAAAAAAAAUCAAAUGUACACACAACAAAUAUGGUGGGCAGAAGAGGCGACCUCUCAUCUCCAGUCGUUCUAUGCAAUCUAUCAUAUUUGCAAAAACAGAAAAAUGAGGGAAAGGUGGGAACAUGGGAAAAUGAAAAUAUUCACCAUCAGUCAUUCUUGGCAUCAGUCAUAGAUCCACAUAAAAACUAUAAACAUUUAUUUGUGAUAGGUCACCAGUAAGUUAGAACAUAACAACACAAGUGAUAUAAAUAGAGGAGAGAUAUGUGUAUUGUUUACAACUGGAAUGUUUUGGAUUUCCUCUCCAUUACAGGUUACAGGGCUGUGUGCAGAUAUGUGGUUGGGUUAUAAAUGUAUGCAAUGGCGGUUUUCUGAAUCCAGUUUCAUUGGUCGACAAAACAGAAUCCGAGUCAGUCCAUUUAUUUUAACAGAAAAAUUUGAUGAAACUGCCAUUUCAGACACAGCGUUUCCCAACCAUUAAAAUAAUCAGUAGUUACAGAAACUGAAAUGAGUCAAACAAUCAAUGCAAAAUAUUAUGAUGCACAGUCAAACGAAUACACUUGAUAAAUAUAGACAGCAAUAUAAUUCUAUGAAUAUAUAUAAUGGAUGAUAUGUUUGUCAAAGAAAACAGGUAAGACUGAGCUUAGGUUGUAUUUGUUUUUGUUUUACUAAGAGGCCAGACUUUCUACGAAAAACAAAACAGCCAAACGGACCCAGAUUUUAUUAAGGCAUUCCUAAACUGAGUCAAUUGUAUUCAAAGGUGCAAUGCCACAACGUUCAUAAGCUAAAUACACUGUGCAAUGUACCUUGAAAAGCAAACCGUUCUUAUCAAUAGACCAAGAGACGUAAAGACGUAAAUAUAGAAAACAGUAAAAGAAAAUUCAGAUUUAAAGAGUGGUUUGUUCAGAAUGACAACAUAGAAUAAUUUCAACAUCAAUAUAUUAAUUGAAACAAACCAUAAAUGCAACUGUGUAAAAGAGUUAGUUUGUUUAUAUAUAUAUUAUAUUUUGUUGUAUUUAACUGGAUAAUUUAUUUAUGUCAGAAUUUAUUAUUUUUUUCUUAUGGAACAGAAUGAUUGAAAAUAUGAAGUGGAGAGUUUAAGGUUAAAAACCUAUAGACACCAACAGCAAGGAUUAUUUAUUUAGAUGUUUUACUUAUAUCAGCGAUAUGUGCAUGGACAAUAUCAAUGGCCAAAAACAGAACAAGUUAAUUUUUUGUUAUUGUUAUUUGAAAUAUGUUAACUUGUUGAGUUAACUUCAGAACUCAACUCACUUAUACGUUUUAAAAAAAACAUUGUCUCAUAUCUACUUCAACAGAUAAAGGCAAGUGUUCUGUUAAAUGACUUGACCAAAAUCACUCUCCCUAGAUCACUAUCAAAACUACAGGUCAAUACCUGAAGCUGAAUUCUGGUCAAUUUUGCAUGUAGCUCUGUUGUUAGAGAUCUACAAGUAUUGUUCCUAACUUCUUAUAAAUCAUUAAUUGACUCAACACCUCAGUUGCCAUGCUGGUUGGGGACAAAGAUUUUGGGUCUGUUGGUAGAACAUGCUUUUUGACUGUAAAAAAGAAAAGAAGCAUAACUACCCACCAAUCCUUUAUAACUCAUUUAUUUUUGAAAAGAUGUGUAAAACCAGGGAUUUACACGUGUUUAUGCUUUUUUUAAAUCAUAAAAUUUAUUUUCAAAUAUAAAUGAUAUAGUAUUUUAGUAGAAGAUUACUAUAACCAUGUUCAGGACUAUUUACCUAAAAUGAAACAUUGAACUCCUGGAACUUGCCGUUUCUCCUAAUUAUUCAGUUAUACCCAGUGGUUUCUUGUAAGAAAACCAUUCAUGUUGCAUUGUACUCGUAAUAAUAUUUCAACAAGGUUUUUUAUUGUGGAAAUCAAAAUCCCGGAAAUUUGCUAACAGCUCUGGUUAUACAUUACAGAUACAAGUAUACAACAUCAGGAUUACAUUUUAAAAUCAACCAGAAUUCUUUUAAGCAAUUGACUUCCCCUGGAUUAUAUAUAUGGUGGAUGUUCUGUACAAUCUGUACAGUUGAACUGACACAGCUGUCAGUGGCUCCAACACAAGCAAGAAUGACUAUGAAAGACAGUGUCCUCAUGAGCUAAAUAAUUCUAAACAUCCUUGGUAGUAAAUCAAAUGUUUUGAAAUGUUUGUAAAGAAUAAUCUUCAAUCACCUUUGCCUCAGGAAAGCACACACUGCAGCAUCAGAGAUAAUAGAGAUCAAUGGCUGUAUCAAUGCUGGGACACUAAAGCUGAUUUUUUAGCACUUUGACACAGACCUGACCAAAUUCACUCCAAAUAUUUGAACGACAGGUUGAUUAAUACAUGAUUAAUGUCUGGGUCAAAAUGUGUGAAAACAUCACUCUUGUUUUUUGCCCUGGUCUUUAUGCAGCCACUGAAGAUGUGACAUAAAUAUGCAUAGCAGCAAGGGCUUUUUCUACAAUACUAGGUACUAAAGAAAGCCAUCCUGUUACUGCCCUCUAGCCAGUCGUGGUCUCUGUUUAUACCGUGCGAGGUAUCUGUCUAUUUCCAGAAACACAAUGGACUUCAGGUCAGACCACAGCAAUCAACAGUGGGCAAAACUGGCAAGCCACAGUCUGUUUUUUCAUAAGGUGUCUGAGGCAUGUAGGUCCAAUGUGUGCCCUUGUCCAAAUCUCCCCAAGAAAGACAAUAGUUUGUCAUUAAUGUUCCACCUACUCUUAAUUCAAAAUGACAUUUUAAAAUCCCUGCCCUGCCUUGCAAUAAAACAACAGUUGAGCAACACCCAAAAUGUAUAUAAAUGUGAAAUUGUUGAAUUAUUCCAGGCUCAAGAAUAUUAGCAAUAAGGAUGGAUAUAUAAAAUCAAACAGCCAAACCAGUAUUUGACUCUUUGGAAUAGCAACAAUGGGACACUGUAGGCUAAAACUUACAUACAUUUAGGGCUGACAGUUGUUUUGCAUUGACCUCUGCACCUCAGAAUUCUUUGGGAAAUCCAGACUGUGUGCAUGUGAGACUUCCUAAACCAAAAGGUAGCAUAGCAUACAAGGCUUGUACAGUAGUGUUAUAAAUGUCGCCGCUGCUCUUGCUGUUGGCCAUACAGGUAGAAGUAAGAAGAAGAAGAUCCAGAGAAUGAAGAGAAAUUUAACAUAUAUAUUUAUAUAUACUUGCAGAAAACAUAUCUAUCUAUCUAUACCUAUAAAUAUAUACAAAAAAGAGAUCUGGAGGGAGAGAGAGGAAAGAUGACAGAAAAUCUCACACUCCCACUUUUUACACUGUAAACGCAUCCUUUCUUCAUGACUUGUGAUUGUAAAACUACAAGUGCAUGACCCGACAACAAACCCACCCCUUAACCAUCUCAGCCUUUUGACUUCCCACCCCACAGGCUGCCAUGAUUUCUGUGUAAAUACUAGAAGAAAAAACCACACACACACAAAGCUGAUAAAAGUCUGCUUUAAAAACAAAGUGCAAAUGUUCCGACAGACAUGUUCUGUACAACAUGUAUAAAUCUCACAUUACACACACAAACACAUGCACAUGGGCAUGAAAGCCUCACUUCCCAAACCUUUGUUUUCUGUGUGUUGAAAUGCAACUACACACUACAUAACAACUGAGCAGUGGUUGACUUGAAUAAUAAAAUUACAAUAUUGAGUUGUGUAUGUGUCUGGCUGGCUCGUGCAGACUGUUUCAAUCUCAUUAAUUCAAGUUGUAUUUGGACAUUUAAAAAAAGAAGAAAAAAAAGAAAAAAUAUUGGUCUGUGUAGAGUUUCUAUACAUGUUGUGUUUGUAAAAUGAGACGAUAUCCAAAAAGAAUUUGGGAAAAAAUAUUCUGGUUACCGUGUAAUUUUAUGAGACGGACAGAUAUAUUUAUGGGGAGAUGGAGAGAGGUAAGAAUUGGUCGCUAGAGAUAUGUAUAAAAAAAUAA